AUGGCACCCACACUACGGGAGAAUUGGCAAGGUUCUAAUCCAAACAGUUAUGAUAACGCCUGGGCUAUCCAACAAAUUGAAGAGGGCCACAACAGUGUCCUAAUGCGCAAACCGUUCACCGAUGCUGAGAAGUAUGGGCUCUCCAAGGCCGGAAAGACCCUUCCACGCAUCAUUACUUUAGGAGGAGACCACACUAUCACCCUGCCCUUGCUGCGCAGUAUAAACAGGGCCUAUGGACCUGUCACUGUUAUACACUUUGACAGUCAUCUGGAUUCUUGGAAGCCAAAGGUUUUCGGCGGCUCACCUAGUCAGGUUGCCGCCAUUAAUCACGGCACCUACUUCUACCACGCUGCGAUGGAAGGCCUGCUGAAGAACGAUACCAAUAUUCAUGCCGGUAUCCGCACUACGCUUUCCGGUCCAUCUGAUUACGAGAAUGACGGAUACUGCGGGUUCGAAAUCGUUGAGGCAAGAGAGAUCGAUACUAUCGGAACGGAUGGCAUCAUCAAGAAGAUAAGGGAGAGGGUGGGUACUGAGAACCCUGUCUACCUCUCGAUUGACAUCGAUACUCUUGAUCCUGCCUACGCACCGGCAACCGGAACGCCCGAAACGGGCGGCUGGUCGACGCGUGAGCUCCGCACUAUUAUUCGGGGAUUGGAUGGAUUGAACUUCAUCGGUGCAGACAUUGUUGAGGUUGCUCCUGCUUAUGAUACGAAUGCUGAGCUUUCUACUAUGGCUGCCGCUGACGUCCUCUAUGAGAUUCUUACCAUCAUGGUGAAGAAGGGUCCAUUGUCCGUUGGCCGUUCCGAUGAGCUGUAG